AUGGCGCAUGACGAGACAAAGGAAUAUCCCACGGUGACACUAUUUCGCUACCCGGCGUGUUUUGCCAUUCCGACGGCGGAUCCACAUGCGCUUGCGGUGGAGUGCAUGCUGCGCUUUGUGGGGGCGCAUUUUGUGAAGCGUGAUGCCCCCUUGCCAGUUGCUCUUGAAAUUCCCACCAGCAGUGGCAGCACAGUGGUGCGAGAGACAGGCCUUCUAUCGUGUUUGCAGCUUAUGGAAGACAUUCUUCAUGUGGAUGCAGAGGUUCUGUCAGUCGAACAGCGACAUCUUUCACUCUGUGUGAGCGUAUUAGUGGAGAAGUCGCUGCUCCCGGCAUUUGUGUACCUCAUUCAUAGCGACAAGAAUCUUUUUAAUCACUCGAUUCGAAAAGGCGUUGAACCAAAGGUUGCCACGCUCUUGCAGCGACUGCAGGGGAACUACCGCAGCAGCGUUCUAGACGGCAGUGGGUGUUGUGGGCGGCACUCCAGUGUAGAGGAGGCUCUUGCAGAGGUGGAAAAGGGACUACGUGCACUACAAGCCUUUCAUGUCAGCCACUCAAAUUCCUCUGGGGCAGGGACAUUUUUCCUGGGAACGGAGCGGCCGUGUAGUGCUGAUGCCUUGGCGUAUGCGGCGGCUUCAUCGUUUCUCCAUGCAGAUUUUGCCAGCCAUCAUGCCCCUGCCGCUGUUGUGGAGUUGCAGAGGCAGCUGAAGGAGGACUGCCCGGCGCUCGUGACGUACAUUGAGAAGGUGCGGCAAAUGUACUUUGAGGAGUACAGUGCCUACUACACAAUACGGACAAAUAAAAGCUGCACCGGCGAUGCGUCCAAACAAUCAUCGUCAGAAGACGACGUGUUCAAAAAGGGACGAUGGACGUAUGUGGCGUGGACAAUAGGUUUUACGAUGCUUUACUUUGUCCUCUCGAAUGCCAAUCUGAUUUUGGAGGCGCUAUCAGAGUUGGGAGUCAAUGAGCCAGAGGAGGAGGAGGCUGCAGUGGCGGCGGAAGAGAAAAGUGGCGAGGCAUAG